CUCUGAGUGAAUACAGUCCGGUGAGCGCAGAGGAUGAGGAGGAGAUGAGCUGAAGACACACUGGUCGGACAACUGCUUAUCUCAGAGGACAGCAUCAUGCUCAGUCUACUGCGCCCCCUACUGGCCGUCUGCUUGUACCUGCUGCUACCCGGCUGCCAGGGCUGGAACCCCCCCGGGUACAACAAUGGCUUUCACUACCAGGACAUCAACGGGAACGGAAACGGAGAGAUCUAUUUUAACGGGGUUCGCCUCCUCGUGGAUUCCCCGCAGCUUUUAGUGUCGGCCGCCAGGGGGAGCACCGUCACCCUCCCCUGUCACUACCACUACGAGCCUGAACUGUCCGCACCACGCAGGACCCGGGUCAAAUGGUCCUGGUUGCCUGCCAACACCAUCCAUGCACCUGCUUCCCCCGAAGCCUUGGCCAGGGAAACUGAGGUUAUGGUCGCCAUGGGCAACCGUCACCGCAGCUAUGGCAGCUUCAGGGGCCGCGUGCGCUUGCGACGCUCGGCACCAGGGGAUAUGUCCCUGGUGAUCAAUGAGCUGCAGCUCAACGACACCGGCAGAUACCGAUGUGAGGUGAUUGAUGGCCUGGAGGACGAGAGUGUGACGGUGGAGCUGGAGCUGCGGGGCGUGGUGUUCCCUUACUUCUCUCAGAAAGGACGCUACCAGUUUAACUUCUUUGGGGCCCAAGAAUCGUGCCAGGAUCAGGAGGCCACUCUGGCUACUUUUGAGCAGCUCUUCACAGCGUGGGAGGAGGGGCUAGACUGGUGUAACGCUGGCUGGUUGGCUGAUGGCACAGUGCAGUAUCCAAUCACAGUCCCACGUGACGGCUGCGGUGGCGUGGAUAUAGCUCCUGGUCUGCGCAGCUAUGGACAACGGCAUCGCCUUCUCUACCGCUAUGAUGCUUUCUGCUUCUCCGCCUCGGUCAAGGGGACUGUGUUCUUCUUAAACGACCAGGCCAAGCUCAACUUUACAGAAGCGGUCCAGGCUUGUGUCAGCGAUGGAUCUCAAAUUGCCAAAGUGGGCCAGAUGUACGCCGCCUGGAGGAUGAUGGGAUUGGACCGCUGUGAUGCCGGAUGGUUGGCUGAUGGGAGUGUCCGUUAUCCUAUAACAAAGGCCCGGGCUAACUGCGGCCCACCAGAACCAGGGGUGCGUAGUUUUGGGUUCCCCCCUCUGUACCUGAAAUUUGGCGUCUACUGUUAUCGGUAGAUUCUUUCUCCACAACACAAGAGACAAACAAACCAUUCUAACGCACUGGCUCAAAGCUCUGCUUGAGAGGUUAGCGUUGGCUGUAGCCUGGAAGCAAAUUAGCAGUUAGCCACUUUGUUCAUUUCUGAGCUAUUUUGAGGCCAUCUGGGUUAAUUGCUCUCCACCUCCAUAAGACUGUAACUGAUCAGUAUUGAACUCAACUACCAGUCAACAGCUGUUAAACUAUGUGCAUCCAUCAUGCAAUGUCACUUGUACAAAUUGUCUACAUUAUAUGGCCAGAAGUAUGUGGAUACGACCAUUACACCCACAUCUCUUUCUAAAACUAUUGGCAUUAUUUUGCUGCUGUAACAGCCUCAGCUCUUCUGGGAAGGCUUGCUACAAGAUUAUGGAACCUGGAAACCACAACGACAGAAAAAGAGAACACCUUCCCAUAGUUUGUUUGUAGAGUCAGUAAUUCUCUGCUGCAAGUUUCCCCACACAAAUCAAAUCAAACUAAUGUUGCUCCAAAGUAUUUGCCACAGUUUCUUAUUGCCUUUUUGAUAGCUUAAGAAUGACCAGAAAGGGGGGAUAACACAUGGCUGCGAUCUUCAUACUCAAAUUAAAUCACUGCUCCCCAACUGUACCUCAAUCCUUCAUCUACCCUGUAUUUAUUCAACACAACAUUUACAUUGUCUUUUUCUGCAGUGCUCUCCAGAACAUUUAAACAUUCAAUCUUGGGAGCUUCAUACUACAACCACAAACUUCUGGGUUAAGUGCCUUGCUAAAGGGCAGCUUGAUGGUUGAGGGAGUGGAGAGUGUUUGUCAUUAUUUUCCUGUCAGAUCUUUCCAGUUGGUCCACGAUUGUACACUUACUAACUGAAGGUUACUCUUUCUGUCUUUCAAACACGGUGGAAUAUACUGGAGUCUUUGUUUGUCUCCUGAAAUGUCUGUGUAUCCCAUUUUAUUAAGCAUUAUGCAUCUCUUUUUCAUUUUUCUGGGUGAUUAAGAAUAGUGCUCUAUGAUGGAGAGUUAUGAGUGAGUAUCUGUAUUGUUGUAAUAUUUAAACUAUCUUGUUUACAUCCAUUGUGGAAGAAGAAACUGUGUUUUGUUACAUACAUGUAUCUUUUGAUUUUCAUUAUAUAUGUCUACGCAUUUGUACUAUUUUCUACAAAGUAAUAAAAACACCA